GUGAAACGAAAUCCAACGAAAUAAGAGCACAAAGGCAUGCAACAUAUGCGAUACUGGAUAAAAAUAAAAUUCCAUACGAAUAUCAUUUUCACCAUGACAUACAUCUAUAGUGCUUUCUGAAUAUGCAACAGUAUAAUCUGUAAAAUAAAACUUUAAUCAUAAAAGCGGUAAUACACACCGAAGUCAUGCUGAAGAACUCGACCAAGCAAACAAACUCUGAUGCGGCAGUGUUGCCUAGUUCCGGCCCGACCAGUCCUUCCGGUGUGGAGACCACCCCGAAGCCCAGGAAGAAACUGUCGUUCAAGGAGCCUGAAAUAUUCAACUACCUGAAAUUGAAAAAACCGUUUGGAAAAUCGAAACCGCCCCCCCUCCAGCUGACACGUUCCCCAGGAAGCGUUGAUUUCAGCUUCGAUGAGAACCGCUUCGAGGAGGAGAACGAUGACCUCGAGGAGCUCGAGGUAAAGGUGUAUAGGGUGGUCAGAACGGUAGGGCAGGCUUUCGAGGUGUGCCAUAAAUUAAGUUUAAACAACGCCACGGAAGAACGGGACCGGGGGGAGAAAGAAAGAGAGAGGGAGCACAGUGAGAAUCAUCGUGACGUUUACGAGGACCAAGAUGAAAUACCGAAUGAGAAGUCGCAACCGUCACCGUCUUCUGUGCAUAAAGAUAUAUCGCUCUUAGGGGACACGGAGGAUUCGGUGCCGGAACAGACAACUGUUCCGUGUCUCUUAAGGUCACACGAAGUCCCAGCGACCACAGCGUCUACCUCGCCCAUUAGACAAUCGCCAUCGGGCACGGUGACCUCCGAUUGUGGAGGGUUAUUGGUUGGAGGCGAAUUAACUGCUCUAAAGCACGAGAUUCAAUUGCUACGAGAGCGAUUAGAGCAACAAAGUCAACAAACCAGAGCCGCCGUUGCCCAUGCGCGACUGCUUCAGGAUCAGCUUGCAGCUGAAACGGCAGCUCGCGUCGAAGCUCAAGCCAGAACGCAUCAGUUACUGAUGCAAAAUAAAGAGCUUUUAGAACACAUAAGUGCGUUGGUCGGCCAUCUUCGGGAACAGGAACGAAUUUCGAGUGGUCAUGUAACCUCACAAUCUCAGUUGCCUGGUUCAGCAACAAUGCAACAAACCACCACUGUUCCAGAUUUGUCAAACCUCGGCCAGUACCAACGAACAGGAGGACAAAGUUCACCAUGGGAAUUGGAUCCACCAUCUCCGUAUUGCUCUUAUCCACCAGACUCUUGGUUCCCUGGGAACUUGAAUACAAUAGGCAUCCAAGGGAACAGCAGUGCAGCAGAUCAGUUGCAGUUUCAAACGCAACUCUUAGAAAGGCUACACAACAUAAGUCCAUAUCAAUCUCAAAGAUCACCUUAUAAUACACCUACUCCUUAUACAAUCGGUCCUAAUCUUCUUGUACCUCCUAACAAUAGAUCACCUAGUUCAGCCCAACUGUCUCCAAGUUCCAUGUCACUAAGGGUCUCCCAGCCAAACAGUUUUUCAUCAUCACCCAUACUGACGCACAAGCUAGAUAAUUAUAUAGGAAACUCAGACAGUAUAGAGUUGAAGACGACAUUCAUAAAACCUUUGCCUUGUACAGGCGAAAGGAAUGCUAGCCAUAUGGACCAGGAAACAAAGGGUAAGCAGGAUCGAAUGAAUGUACAUGAUGAAAUACCACCAAUCGUGUUGGAUCCCCCGCCUCAGGGUAAACGAUCAGAGGAAACGUCUAAACAGGUAGCUGCCAAACAAAACUUGAAUGGUCAAGGUUCGAAUAAGAAAAAUUCGCAGUAUCAGAAAAACUUAACAACCAUCCUCAGAACUCCUGGUCCACCGCCGUCUCGCACAACUAGCGCUCGUUUGCCUCCAAGAAAUGAUUUGAUGUCCGAAGUACAAAGGACUACAUGGGCGAGACACACGACCAAGUGAUGGAAGAUUUUCUCCAAAGUAGUUUCUGAAGAAUUUACUAUUGACUAAACAUAUCAUCUCUUAGGUAGAACAACUUUUAAUGAAAAGUAAUUUUUUAUUUUGCAAUACAAUUUGGAACUCAAGUUGAUUUGAAUAAG